CUCUGUAAAAACAAAAAAUUGAGAACUCCUCCACUUUUCACCAAUAAAAACAAAAUCCUUUACUCUUUGGCCGGCAUGGAGAUGCCAGAGAAGAAACCAAAGUCCAUUUCUGGUCAUUUACUAUAUGUCAAUUUCAAACCCUUUAAUUGUCUCUAUAAAUUGGUUAGUCAAGAACUGAAAAAACUUAGCUCUUCUUUGUUGCUCGUAAGCUACAGGCAAUCAUUGAAAUGGGUAGGAUUCAAAGUUUUUUAGCAUGGGUUUUUGCCUAUGUUUUUGUUGCCUCUGGGUUUGGUUUGUAUGGAACAGUGAGUGGUGGUUAUGUGAAGUACAGUACUGGGAAUGGAGUUGUUCAAGGAAAACUCAAUGUUCAUUUGGUAGCACAUUCACAUGAUGAUGUUGGUUGGUUAAAGACUAUUGACCAAUACUAUGUUGGAUCAAACAACAGUAUUCAGGGUGCUUGUGUUGAAAAUGUGCUGGACUCAGUUGUGGCAUCACUUCUUAGAGAUCCAAAUAGAAAGUUCGUUUUUGCUGAAAUGGCUUUUUUCCAACGAUGGUGGCUAGAACAAAGUGAAGAAACACAAGGGCAAGUGAGGAAACUAGUAGAUGCUGGCCAAUUGGAAUUCAUAAAUGGUGGCUGGUGUAUGCAUGAUGAAGCAACAUGCCAUUACAUAGACAUGAUUGAUCAAACAACACUGGGUCAUCGUGCAAUAAAGGCACAGUUUAACAAGACUCCUCGUGCUGGAUGGCAAAUUGAUCCAUUUGGACACUCUGCUGUUCAAGGUUACCUGCUUGGGGCUGAGCUUGGAUUUGAUUCUGUACAUUUUGCAAGGAUUGAUUACCAGGACAGAGCUAAGCGCUAUGUAGAUAAAUCUCUAGAAGUUAUAUGGCGUGGUUCCAAAACUUUUGGUUCUUCCUCUCAGAUUUUUGCCAAUGCUUUUCCUGUACAUUAUAGUCCUCCUCCAGGUUUCCAUUUUGAAGUGUUCGAUAACUUUGAGCCUGUUCAGGAUAAUCCUCUUCUGUUUGACUAUAAUGUUGAGCAGCGGGUCAGUGACUUUAUAAAAGCUGCUAUUGCCCAAGCAAAUGUGACAAGGACAAACCACAUUAUGUGGACCAUGGGUGAUGAUUUCCAGUACCAAUAUGCUGAGUCUUGGUUCAAACAAAUGGACAAAUUGAUUCACUAUGUUAACAAGGAUGGUCGAGUAAAUGCCUUAUAUUCUACACCGUCUAUCUAUACUGAUGUGAAAAAUGCAGCAGAUGAAUCAUGGCCAUUGAAAACUGAUGAUUAUUUUCCGUAUGCAGAUAGAGAAAAUGCCUAUUGGACUGGAUUCUUUACUAGUCGCCCAGCUUUUAAGCGCUAUGUUCGGCAGCUCAGUGGAUAUUAUUUGGCAAUACGACAACUGGAGUUUUUGGUUGGGAAAAAAUCCAAUGGUCCCAGCAGUUAUAGGCUUGGAGAUGCUCUAGGUAUAGCACAGCACCAUGAUGCUGUCACUGGAACUGCCAAACAACACACUACAGAUGACUGGACAAAACGUCUAGCUAUUGGAGCAUCUGAGGCAGAAGAUACUUCAAGUUCUGCUCUGUCGUGCUUAGUGAGCAAAUCCAAAAAUCAAUGUACUGCACCUGCAUCGACUUUCAGCCAGUGCCAACUGCUAAAUAUCAGUUACUGUCCACCAACAGAGGAAGCUGGAGAUGGAAAGAGUUUGAUUAUAGUAGCGUACAACCCUCUUGGAUGGAAUCGCACAGACGUUAUCAGAAUACCGGUUAAUGAUGCCAAUCUUGUCGUCUCUGAUUCCUCGGGCAAAACCAUUGAUUCACAAUAUGUGAUCAUGGAUAAUAUUACAGGCAACUUAAGAAACUUCUAUUUGAAGGCCUACAUAGGACUGUCAUCCGAUCAUGUUCCUAAAUACUGGCUUGUCUUUCAAGUGUCUGUGACCCCACUUGGGUGGAGUACUUACUUCAUCACUCAUGCACCUAAGACAGGGAGAAGAAGAAAUGGACUCCAUGAAACGGGAAGUUUACUGAAAGAGACCAUUGAAAUUGGACCUGGAAAUUUGAAAAUGUCAUUUUCUUCUACCACUGGCCAACUCAAACGAAUGUUCAACUCUAAAUCUGGGGUUGAUAUACCAAUUCAACAGAGCUAUCUUUGGUAUGGUUCAAGCUCCGAUGUCCAGCAAUCCUCUGGUGCAUACAUUUUUCGGCCUAAUGGGUUUCCUCCCAAUAUCGUUGCAAGAAAAGUGCCCUUGAAGGUCUAUCGUGGACCUGUAGUGGAUGAGGUCCACCAACAAUUUAAUUCGUGGAUUUACCAGGUCACAAGACUUUACAAAAACAAAGAGCAUGCUGAAAUUGAAUUCACUAUCGGGCCAAUUCCCAUAGAAGAUGGUAUUGGAAAAGAGGUCAUCACACGAAUGACAACAAAUAUGGUCACAGACAAGGUGUUCUACACUGAUUCUAAUGGAAGGGACUUUCUAAAGCGGAUUCGAGACUAUAGAGCUGACUGGAACCUCUCUGUUAAUCAACCUCAAGCAGGAAACUAUUAUCCACUUAACCUUGGACUUUUUAUAACGGAUAAGAAAUCUGAAUUGUCGCUCUUGGUUGAUCGUGCAACUGGAGGGGCAAGCAUCAAGGAUGGUCAAGUAGAACUAAUGCUUCACAGGCGUACAAUCGAUGACGACUCUAGAGGAGUUGGUGAACCCCUUGAUGAAAGUGUUUGUGUUGAAGAUAGAUGCGAGGGAAUAACGAUUCGAGGAAAUUAUUAUAUGAGCAUCAACCAGCUCGGAGCUGGAUCAAUCUGGCGGCGAACAACUGGCCAAGAACUUUACUCACCGCUUCUAUUAGCUUUUGCACAUGAGAAAGAGGAGAAUUGGAAAGCGUCUCAUUUGACUGAAGGAACUGUCAUGGAUCCAAACUACAGCUUGCCUUUGAAUGUUGCUUUGAUUACUCUUCAGGAACUGGAUGACGGAAGCGUACUCCUUCGCUUGGCACAUUUAUAUGAGGGAGGAGAAGAUCCAAAGUAUUCAGCACUGGCUAAAGUUGAACUCAAGAAGAUGUUUUCUGGGAAAAAGAUAAAGGAGCUGAAGGAAAUGAGUUUAUCAGCAAACCAGUACAAGUCAGAGAUGAAAAGGAUGGAAUGGAAAGUUGAGAAUGACAGUGGAGUUCAACCUUCACCACUUAGAGGUGGCCCUGUUGAUAGUUCAACUCUUGUUGUUGAGCUGGGUCCUAUGGAAAUUCGCACUUUCUUGCUCAAUUUUUGAAUUUUAUUAUGCACUUAAUGCUUUUCUUCAUGAAAAAAAAAAAAAAAACUCUUUUUCCCCCUUCAACUGAAGUAGAAGUAUCUUGGGCGAAAAGAUCUAUGAUGGCUGUAUCUUAACGAUGUUUAAACUUUAAACUUUCAGAUAAAGGAGCUGAAGGAAAUGAGUUUAUCAGCAAACCAGUACAAGUCAGAGAUGAAAAGGAUGGAAUGGAAAGUUGAGAAUGACAGUGGAGUUCAACCUUCACCACUUAGAGGUGGCCCUGUUGAUAGUUCAACUCUUGUUGUUGAGCUGGGUCCUAUGGAAAUUCGCACUUUCUUGCUCAAUUUUUGAAUUUUAUUAUGCACUUAAUGCUUUUCUUCAUGAAAUAUUCAACUAAAAUAACCCAUUAAGUUUCUUUUUUUUUUCUUUUUUUUUAACAUAAUCCUGCUUGCACUGGGUCCAUGAAAAUAAACAAAUUAUUAAAGUGAUGUAAAAAGAGUUUAUACAUUUUAGUAACAUAGAAGUGCUAUUGGAUUUCAGCAGCCGUCA